AUGCCUCCGCCGUGCGCGCCACUGUCCACUGUAACACCUUUGAGCGAGCCUGUCCAGCCGUCUUUCUCCCGCACGUACUCGAACGCCACGCCACUCUACAUUACAGCCCUUACGAACCACCCUUCCCCGCCGUACAACGCACGCCUCGAAUGCUGGUCCCUCGCCAACACAUUCACCACCUACCCGACCGUCGGCAGAGCGUUGUCCCUAGGCAACGUCGACAACGCGACAUAUGUGGUCCUCCCGCCGCGCAGCGCCGAGGGCUGGCACAGGCCGCCUCACCUGAUGUUCUUCGUCCUCUUAUCGGGCUUGGCUCAAGUGUUUGCGCCUCGGACGAACAGGCCGAUGCCGAGUGUGGACAUGCAAUUCCACGCCCAGGGCCCGGCACCGAUGGUGGGCGCCCCGACUACCUACGAGCGUCAGUGGGAUGUGAUCACCAUAGCCCCGGGGUCGCCGCAGCAGGUUCUUAUUGCGGGGGACACGGAUAUGCGGUCGCCGGGGCAUUUGACGUAUUAUCCCGGGGAUGGGGAGACGGUGGCGUUACAGAUUCCGAUCUCUGGGGGGGUGGUGCCGGAGCAUACCGUCGUGCAUGAGGGAGGCUGUACGGGUGAUGAGGGUGAGGGUCGUGUCUGA